GGCAGUGGAUGAAAUAUAUGUCACCUGUGAGUCGGAUCAGAGUGUGGUGGAAUGUAAGGAGGUGCUGAUGAUGCUGGAUAACUAUGUUCGAGAUUUCAAAGCGUUAAUAGAUUGGCUGCAGCUGCAAGAAAAGCUGGAGAAGACAGAUGCACAGAACAGACCCACAUCUCUGGCAUGGGAAGUGAGGAAAAUGUCUCCAGGGCGACAUGUCAUGCCAAGUCCACCUACAGAUCGAAUUGGCCCCACAUCAAGUGCUCGAAGGAGUUUGAACUUUGUGGCUUCUAAUACCAUGCCACCUCCUCCUGUUUUGGUAGCUGCUCGUCUUGCCCCAACUGGUGCGAGUUGGGCUGACAAAGUAAAAGCUAAUCGGGCAAGCACGGCUUUUACAGGAGUACCAAAACACGCCCGAAAUAGCUCCCAGAAGUCUUCUCAGAGGAUUGUAUCACAGACAAUUGAAAGAACGGAUGCUGAAGGUUGGGAGACAGUGCAUCGUGGGAGACCUGCUCGUCCACGGUCUGCGGCUAUGGUAGCGAACGUCAACAUAAAGACACCAGAAACAGUGUAUCUGAGCCUUAAGGAUGACAGUGAUAAGGAGAAUGGACACUCAGGAGAACAGAACGGAAAACAAGAGUUUGUACAAAUCAGUUCUCAUUCCAAGAGUGUGUCAGUUGCAACAGAAAAGUUAGUUGAGCCCAACGAAGACUCCCUCGCAGACAGCCUUAAGAGCACAGAAACCACGUCUGUGGAUGUAGCACAACCCGAUAAUGUGCCUUUGCAAGACAAGUCUUGGCGACAAGAUCCAGGAACCGCUGAGAAAGAGAGAGACACUGUCUGCCCUUCAGAAGAUGCAAAGGUGGAAGUGGGAGAUGCAGUAACUGUGCAAGAAGCAGCUCAAGUGGACGCUGCCAGACCGGGAUCUGAAGUAGACCUUUCCAAUGAACUUUCAAACCAAUCUAUGGCAGCAGUUCUUGCUAAAGGAGAAGAACUGGCGAAUCGUCUGGAACAGGAGAACGAGGAAGCGAUUGCUAAUGCCAUUGCAGAGGAGGAGCAGUUAACCAGAGAAAUACAAGCCGAGGAGAACAAUGACAUUAACCUCGAAACUGAUGCUGAAAACGAGUUUUCCGCCAGCAUGGUUAGCGGAAACUUGUCUCUUUAUGGUCUCUCAUCACUGUCCCAGAACCUGGAUUGGAAUGAUGUGCUGGCAGAAUAUGAAGCACGGGAGCCUUGGCGUCAGAGUACCUCCUGGGGGGAUAUUGUGGAGGAAGAGCCAGCACGACCACCUGGACAUGCCAUCCAGAUGCACGAGAAACUUUCCUCCCCAUCUCGGAAAAUGACAAUCGCGGAAUCCAAAAGAAAACAUGAGGAAAAGCAGCUGAAAGCCCAACAACUGCGUGAAAAGCUCAGAGAGGAGCAAACGCUCAAACUACAGAAAUUAUUGGAGCGGGAGAAGGAAGUCCGGAAAUGGAAAGAAGAGUUGCUGGAACAGAGGCGGAGGAUGAUGGAGGAAAAGUUACUACACGCAGAGCUUAAACGGGAACUACAGCUUCAGGCCAUUGUAAAAAAGGCACAAGAGGAAGAAGCCAAGGUUAAUGAGAUUGCGUUCAUCAACACGUUGGAAGCUCAGAACAAGCGCCAUGAUGUUCUGGCAAAGCUAAAAGAAUACGAGCAGCGGCUGAAUGAGCUGCAGGAGGAGCGACAUCGCCGCCAGGAGGAGAAGCAAGCACGGGAUGAGGCUGUGCAGGAGCGUAAGCGAGCAUUGGAGGCUGAGCGGCAGGCGCGUGUGGAGGAAUUGCUGUUGAGAAGGAGGGAACAGGAAGCACGGAUUGAGCAGCAACGGCAAGAGAAAGAGAGAGCAAGAGAAGAUGCAGCACGAGAGAGAGCCAGGGAUCGGGAGGAGAGACUGGCAGCACUUAGUGCAGCACAACAAGAAGCCAUGGAGGAGCUGCAGAAAAAGAUACAACUAAAGCAUGAUGAAAGUAGCCGACGGCACAUGGAGCAGAUAGAGCAACGGAAGGAGAAAGCAGCCGAGCUAAGCAGCGGGAGACAUGCUAACACUGACUUCGCUCCCAAACUUACUCCGUACGAACGUAAAAAGCACUGUUCAUUGUGCAACGUGCUGAUCACCUCUGAGGUCCACCUGUUCAGCCACAUUAAAGGGAAAAAGCACCAGCAGGCUGUCCGGGAGAACAGCAGCAUUCAAGGGAGGGAACUGUCAGACGAAGAAGUGGAACACCUAUCCUGCAAGAAAUACAUUGUAGACAUUGUGACCGAGACCUGCAUUCCGACAGAACCCAUAAAGGAUGGGGAAGAAAAGCAGAAAACCAGGAAAAAGGCCAAGAAACUUCGAACACGCAUGAACUCCCGGGGCAAAGAAUAUGAAACUUCUCUGGAUGCCAAGAUUCAGAUUCCAGACUCUCCCUUCAAAGCCAAACUCCAGAGAUUAGUUAAAGAUCUUCUGAAGCAGCAGCAAGGACAAGACAGUGGGCCAUGGGCAAACAACAAGGUGUCUUCUCUGGAUAGGACGUUGGGAGAAAUCAUCCGCAUUCUGGAGAAACAGAACAAUGCAGAUAAGAUCGGAUUCCAGGUCGGCGGAGGUCUAACUGCCCUUGAGCAGAUCCUUCAGGUUGUUACUGCUGUUUCCAGCCCCAACAUUAGCCUGCGGAUUCCAAUCAAAUCCCUGUGCAAUGUGAUUAAUGCAUACUGCUUUGCCUGCAAUGGCUGCUAUGACAACUGCAUCUAUGUUCUGCUCAGUAACAAGAUCACCUUCUUAAUGGAGCUACUGAUGCAUCAGUUGACAAUCUUUGUUCCUGCUGAAGAUGAAACCAGCUUUGGAAAAAGUGUGAACAAGCAAGUAUUUGAAGGACUGACAACCGGACUGCUCCAAACAUGUGCCACUGUGCUUGAGUGCCUGGCCACCAAUCUCCUUGAGGCCAGCAGUCAGCCUGGCACACCUAAGAAAUCUCUCCAAGAAACCAAGAACAACUGCUCACAGAGUGAAGUCUACAGCAACAGAGUGCAGGAUCUGAUUAGCUAUGUAGUAUAUAUCGGACUUAUCGACAAGCUGUAUGGCUGCUUCUUAUCCAUACAAGGACCUGUUGAUGAUCUUCCUAAGAUUGCCUCCUUUCUACAAAAUACUACUGCAUUACUACAUGGUCUGUGCAGGUUGGAUUUUGCCGUCCUCAACAGGUAG